AUGGAAAAGCUUCCAAAGACCCCACUUACGUCUCCUGGCAGUGUCACUUCCUCCAGAGGGCCCAGUGUACCGGGUUCCCCUUCUGCUAUCACUGCCCGCAUGGACAGUCGUGUCAUUGGUUACAAGGAUCUCGCAGCCCUCCCUCGUGACAAGGCCAUACUGGAUAUUGAGCGGCCUGACCUGAUGAUCUAUGAACCACAUUUUACAUACACACUUCUGGAGAACACAGAGACACUCCGCAGCCGAGAGCGAUCUCUGUCUCCUAAGUCAAUAUCACCUCCUCCAUCACCUGAGGUCGCAGCACUUUGGGCUGAUACCAAGUCUAUAGUAAGCAGCUCUACUUUACAAGGACCCCGAGGAGGAAGCAACUCACCUAGAUCAGGAGUUCAACACUUUCACUGUCCAGAAAUUUCACAAAAAGAGCCGAACCUGUACAAAAAACCUCCAAUCUACAAACAGAGAGAGUCAGCACUCCCUCACAGGCUAACCGAUGACCCCAUAGUUGAAUCUUCAAAAUUUCCAGCUGCAAAACCUCCUGAUCCAAACCAGCCAGCAAAAAUUGAGACAGAUUAUUGGCCAUGUCCACCUUCCUUGGCUGUUGUAGAAUCUGAGAGACGAUAUCGCAGGGAGUCUCAACGUGGGGAGGAGGAAAGUGAAGAAAGAGAAGAUGUGAAAGAACUGAGUCAUCGACAGAUAAGGGAGCUGAACAAGAUCCAAUCUAAUCUAGGAAAACUAAUUUUAAAAGAGGAAAUGAUGAAAGGGGGUACUCCAAAAAGAAAAACCCGCUCAUUGCCUGACAGGACACCAAUCUACACACCUAUACAUUCUGGAUAUGGACGAAGUAGCUUAUCGAGGCUUCUGUCUGCAGAGUUCCAUGCUCCUGACAAGCAGAGAGAGAGCACAGGUGAGCAGAACGGAGAAGGACAAAGGUCCAGAAUGGACAGAGGAAACUCUCUACCCAGCAUGCUGGAACAAAAGGUGUGUACCCAAAUAUGA